AUAGCAUUUUUUUCUUCUGUUUUAUCUGCAGGUGGCACACCAUAUCCUGGCAUGAUGGUUGACUCCACUUUCUACAAUAAGAUAAAGAGUGGCUACCGAAUGGCAAAACCUGAUCAUGCAACCAAUGAAGUGUAUGAGAUCAUGGUAAAGUGCUGGAACAGUGAACCAGAGAAAAGACCUUCAUUUUACCAUUUGAGUGAAAUCGUGGAGAGCUUGUUGCCUGGAGAGUACAAAAAGAGCUACGAGAAGAUUCACCUGGACUUCCUGAAAAGUGAUCACCCAGCUGUCACUCGAAUGAGAGGGGACUGUGACAAUGCUUACAUUGGUGUCACCUACAAGAAUGAAGACAAGUUAAAGGAUAGAGAGAGCGGAUUUGAUGAGCAGAGGCUGAGCGCUGACAGUGGGUACAUCAUCCCCCUGCCUGACAUUGACCCUGUUUCUGAAGAUGAGCUUGGCAAAAGGAACAGGCACAGUUCACAGACAUCUGAAGAAAGUGCCAUUGAAACUGGUUCCAGUAGCUCUACUUUUAUCAAGAGAGAGGAUGAGACCAUUGAGGACAUUGACAUGAUGGAUGACAUCGGGAUUGACUCCUCGGAUCUGGUAGAGGACAGCUUCCUGUAAUCCCAGACACCUUCUAACUGCACAUGGGGAAGCUUACCGUGCUGUCUACAGACUUCUGCUACACAGAGAAAACCACUUCAUUGCAAUGUCAAGGAUGUGAAGAGAAGAUGGAUUUGUAUGGAGAGAUGCCCAGUAGUGGGCAAAGGAAUCAGCCUGAGAAUGAGAGAGAGAGAACUGUCAAAGAUGGAUUUUUUUAGUGUUGCUUCUUGCAGUACUUAUGAGCAUCUCAGCGUUGUUUGCCAUUCCAACUGGUAGAGGACAACGGAAAAGGCCAUAAACAGACUAGUUUUGUGUUUCAAGGGCAUUCCUAUGACUUUGAUGGAUAGAACUUCUACUGCAGCAAUACUUCAUCAUUGUAAUUAUGUAAAUAACUAUCAGCUCAAGGAUCUUUUGAGGUGCACAUUGAACACACUCAUGGAUUUUAGAAGAGAUCACCCAUGAAUUUUGGGCACUUCUUCCCUCAAUCUCAGUGUCAGCUGCUGUUGAACUAUCAUGUGAAUUGAAGAACAUGCAAAAACCACUUUUGGACCAAAAAGGUCUGAAACCACAAAAAACUGACCGGUACUAUAAAACAUGUUACUUUUUAACAUUAAUGCAAGGGGAAUAAUAAUAAUAAUAAUAAUAAUAAUAAAAACCAGUCUAUAAUAGGUGUUAGAAACCUAGUAAGUCUUUAUUAACUAUAGAAGAUAGCUGUUUUCAUGAUAAUACUACUACUGUUUUCCGUAACACUAAGCCUAUAUUUUAUAAUUCAUUGUCCUUCAGUAAAAGCACAGUCACAAGAAACAUUAUUAAGUACAAGGAGAAAAAUUACAACCUGAAAAUUUGAUGAAACAACCUUUAUCAGGCCCUAUAGAGUAUGAUAAUUACUCUGACUAGCUAAAACAACUUUAAUAUGGAGAAGAAAUUACAUCCUGUAAUACACUAAGGUUUAGUUUUCUAUUUUGAAUAGAGCAGCUUUUCUAAUCAGAUGUACUAGAAGCAAUUAUUGUCCUCCAAUUAAAUGAACUUCUAAGCAUUCAAAAUUUUUUUUAAAUUUAAACUUAUGCCAGAUUUCCAGGAUUUUGGAGAGUGGAAGAUUAUGAUAAACUGCCAGCAACAUCCCACUGUUAGUGUUCCAAAGUUUCUCAAAAGAAAUCUUAUUCCACAAUUAGGUAUGAAAAAUUAUUUUAUUUUUGAACAGCUCAAGGAAAAAAGACAUCUCUCCCAGUCUUGAACUCCAGAUUAUAAAAAGCAGAAACAGUUCUGCAACAAGUAUCCUUGUCUUAGUUUUGAAGUUUAAACAGGAGCAGAAAACUGACUGUUAUCUUUGCAAACUCUAACUACAAAUAAUAAUUGCCUUCAAAUGUGCUUUCUGGAUGAAGGUGCACAAAAACAAACCUGCUCUCAGCUUGCAAUAGUUAUUUUUUGACACCACUUACAAGAGCAAAGUAUUAUGAUUACUGCUAUCACAGUUAUUGAUAUUUUAUGUUUUGGAAGACUUACAAGUGAAAGAAAGGUACAUCACUGCAAAGGGCUCCAUCCUUUCUGGUGCUCAUCUUUCGAACUUAACUCUAAUUCAGUGCGAUGAGUGCCUAGCAGGACACUCUCAGCAUCUGGCAUUGCAGAACCAAUGCAAAUGUGGUACAAACUCCUCCCUGCGUUGCAGUAUUUUUCCAAGGAAGUAUGAAAGAUGGACCAGCAGCAAUUGACAACACACGCUAUCUGGAUCUGAAUAACAAACUAAACUUUACCUUGAAAUGUCGCUAAGGAAAGCUACACAACUCCUCAUCACUUCAUUUGUGGAUGGUUGUGGAUUGAAGAAAAAUAAAUGCAAUAUUGUCAUUUCUACAGGCAACUAAUUUUGGCUCUGAGUUUCAAAAAUGUCACCUGGCUGUGGCCACAUACAAAUGUCCUGCAGAUGUGGAAACGUGACCCGAAGUGAGGCACCUGCAUUUUCAGCCCUGGUGAUGUUUGACAAUCAUAACAAACCAUGAGAAUGACAUGUCCUCCUUUCUCUGCAGUCAACAGACCAAUACCGAGUGUCUUUCUGAGCUCCGUAUAGGGACAACUGUGAAAUAUAAAGACUCCUGAUAUAGUCUGGACACACAAGAUGGUGUGAAGUCCCCUUCCAGUUAUGAACUAUAAAUUGAGGAAACACAAAUUGUCUAUUGGAUAUCCCAGAUAUCUGAAUGGCCAUUUGAGACCACACAUGCCUUAAUUUGCAUGUGUAGUCAUUACAACUGCAUGCUCAAAUUAGGCAAGCGAUUUCACCUGCAUUUUUGCACAUGGCCCAGUGUUCUUUGGGGUUUGAAAAUCAGGCUUGGCAUGUUUUAUCAUACCAGUUACUGGAAUACAAGGACAUUUUCCCAUGGUCUCCCCUUCCUCUCACUGAUUUCAUUCUGUAUUGCACAACAUACACUGGGGUUAGACCCAAAUGGUGGAUGUGAACCAGAGCCUUCUCACUUUAUGAUGAAUGGUAGAGUUAAUUUUCUAUACACUCAUGAGUGUUUGUGUACCUGUGGCAAGAGUCUAGCCAAACCCAGUUCAUGUCAGGGUGGAAUCCAAUAAACUUGCCUAUAAACUGGAAUGAGAGACAGAGGCAGAUUGGGGUUUAUUAGAGAGGGAGAAGUGGGAGGAUAUGAUUCCUUUAGUUUUACAAUAUUUUCAGUAUUACCAACAUUUUAGUUUACGGCUUAAUUUUUGAGAAGCCACUGGAAAACAUAUUCCCAAAUCUUACUCUAGGGUAAUUGUAUAAUGACAAUCAGUGUUAGCCUAUCACAGCGUUUGAUUUGGAAUGGCCAACCAAUUCCUUACAGUGUGGUCUGCAGCUUGUACAAAAUGGUCCUAAUACAUGGAGAAGGACGUGAGAUAUGGUGAUGUUAUACAUCAAUAUGUAUAUAAGUAUUUUUAUAUAGACUUUUAGAAUACUGCCAAAACAUUUAUGACAGCUAUAUCACUGCCUUUGUUUAUAUUUUUUUUUACUGUGAUAUAUUCCACAGGCACGUUAACUGUUGCACUUUGAACGUCCAAAAGUUAUAUUUUAGAAUAAUAAAAAAGGAAGUGUUUCCAAAAUGGUGGCUGUUGUGAAAUAUUUGAAGAAGGGCAAACUAGCCUGAGUGAUGGUAGGCAAAAAAUGUAUUACAAAAUGCCCCUGUUGAUAUUUUGUCUUUGAAAAAUCAAAUCCUGUAAAUUAAGAUCUCUAUAUUUCAAUAAAUGAUAUAUAAUUUAA